AUGAGUCAAGAUACCAAAGUAAGUAGAAAGUACUGGUUGAGUGGUAAGGGUAAAGGGGACAUGAGUCAUGUAAGUAAGAGGGACCAGUUUGACAGUAAGGGCAUAGGGUUGCCUUGGGGAAACCUCAACAAAGAAGUUCUAUACAUGAUGUACCUUCAGCAAGUGGUUCUUCAGUAUGAUGUCCAAGAGGAGGUGUCUUUAAACUGCAAUGAGCAGGUGGAAGUUGUGUUGUAUGUAAAGCAACUCAUUGGUAGAAGACAGACAGUAAUUCUUGCACAUCUCCCAACUGUGAUGGUGUUCUGGAAAAAAAAUCACAUCCAAAAUGGCAGAGGCAGUAUUCAGACACACAGCACCACUAGGACAUCCAAAAAGCAAAGAAACUCAUCAUAUGUUCAAUACAAACUGGAAUAUGAAGACCAUGAAAAUAAAGCUCUGAAGACCAAGGGCAGAGAUGCUACCAAGGAGGAACAUUAUUCAAGAAACCUCACAUGUACCAUCACUGACCUAUGGAAUGUAAAAGGAGUUGUAGGAAGGGUCAAGAGUCAUGGGGAAUGGACUAUCAUUGACCACAGAAGCAGUUUCACAAAACCAGCUUUUGAUGGUGCUGGGUAUAAUACAGAUGAAAGUGAGGUGGAGUAG